UCAUUCAUUCAUUCAUCUGUUUGAUUGGGAUUAUUGCUCAUUGAUUAUCAUUUUGUGUUUGUUUGUACUUUGAUAUUAAAAAAAAAAAAUUCCAUCAUAUUGAAAAAAAAAUCAUCAUCAUCAUCAUCAUCAUUGCUGUUGUUCCAAAAGUCAAUUUAUUGAUUAAUAAAACACCAUACAAAAAUGGUACUAGUCUAUGUAACAUUAUUUGUCGCCCAUAUUGGUGAACAAGUUAUCAAUUUUAAUCUAUGGACAAUUGCAUCAUUAUUAUUGGCCAGUGGUCUAACAUUUUUAGCAUUUUUCUGGGAUUUUGUACGACGAUUUUAUUUUACAUUCUUUCGUGAUAUAAGUGCCGGAUAUGCAUUGGUUAAAUCUCGUUAUUUUAUGAUUAAAAAUCGUAAUUCUAAUGUACCGAAAUUAUUUUCAUUAUUGGCCGAAAAAUAUCCAGAUAAAAUAUGUUUCUAUUAUAAAGAUGAACAAUGGACAUAUGAUGAUAUUGAAAAAUUUUCAAAUAAAGUUGGCAAUUAUUUUGCAUCCAUUGGUUACAAGAAAAAUGAUGAAAUUGCAUUGGUAAUGAAUUCACGGCCAGAAUUUGUUGGCAUUUGGUUAGGUUUAGCCAAACAAGGUAUUGUAACGGCAUUUAUUAAUACAAAUCAACGUAUGGAAACAUUAGUACAUUCAAUCACUGUUGUCAAUUGUAAAGCGGUAAUUUUUGAUGCUACAUUAGCUAAAAAUAUUGAAGAAGCAAUACCAUUGAUUGAAACAAAACGUCCAGGUAUGAUGUAUUAUAGUUAUGUUGGUACAGAUCCACCAUCGGUGAAAGCAUCAGAACAGGAUUCAGAAACGAUCAGAAAAAUCAAUGCAAAAUGUUUGGAUAAUUGUAUCGAAAAUAUGAUCUAUACACGGCCACAUGCUAUUGAUGAUCAAUCAAUGGGUGAUAAAUUAUAUUAUAUUUUUACAUCCGGUACAACUGGCCUACCAAAAGCGGCUGUCAUUCGUCAUCAUCGUUAUAUAUGGAUUGGAAUGAUUUUACGGAAUUUAUUCCGCAUUAGUGAUAAUGAUAUUCUUUAUUUAACAUUACCAUUAUAUCAUAAUAAUGCCGGCACCAUUGGCACAUGUCAAUCGAUUAUAUUCGGUACAACAAUUGUAUUGCGUGAUAAAUUUUCAGCAUCACAAUUCUGGGAUGAUUGUGGCCGUUAUAAUUGUACGGUGGCCAUGUAUAUUGGUGAAUUAUGUCGAUAUUUAUUGGCACAACCGAAAAAAGAAACCGAUACAAUGCAUAAAGUACGUUUAAUGUUUGGCAACGGUUUGCGGCAAGAGAUUUGGAGGGAUUUCAAAAAUCGUUUUCAAAUCCGUCAGAUUGGCGAGGUUUAUGGUUCGACCGAAGGAAAUGCCAAUGUUGCUAACUUUGAUUUCACUGAAGGUGCAUGCGGUAUUAUACCAUGUUGUGUUCCAUUCAUUUGUCGUUUUGUAUUUCCGGUUACGGUUAUUCGUGUUGAUCCAGCAACUGGUGAACAUAUCCGUGAUCGUAAUGGUUUAUGUAAAUUGAUUAAAUCAGGUGAAAUUGGUGAAAUUGUCGGCAUGAUACGAGAAGAUCCAGGGCAAUCAUAUCCUGGUUAUGUGAACAAUGAUGCAACAAAGAAAAAAAUCAUACGAAAUGUUUUACAUCAUGGUGAUAGCGCAUUUCUUUCCGGUGAUCUAGUCGAAAUGGAUUUCUAUGGUUAUCUUUAUUUUCGUGAUCGUACUGGCGAUACGUUCCGUUGGAAAGGUGAAAAUGUAUCCACAAAUGAAGUUGAAGCUGUCAUACAGAAAGUAGUCAAACUAUCCGAUUGUGUUGUAUUCGGUGUUUCCAUACGUAAUUGUGAUGGUAAAGCCGGUAUGGCCGUUAUUGCCGAUCCAAAUCAUACGGUUGAUGUGGAAAAUUUAUAUUAUCAAUUGGAAAAACGUUUACCAGCAUAUGCAGUACCAUUAUUCAUACGUAUAGCACCGAAAAUUGAUUUGACAGCAUCAUUUAAAUUGUCUAAAUUUUCAUUGGAAAAAGAUGGUUUCAAUAUUAGUCAUAUUCAUGAUCCAUUAUAUUAUCUGGAUCGUAAAUCUAAACAAUAUAUUCGUAUGGAUCAAAAUGUUUAUGAUGAUAUUCAAAAUGGCCGUAUUUUCUUGUGAUCUAAUCAUCAUUAUUCAUCAUCAUCAUCAUCAUCAUCAUCGAUUAUUAAUUCCACCGUUUAUUAUUAAUGUGGCUUUUCCACUUAUCAACAACAAAAGAAAAAAAAAAAACCAAAUCAAAUCAUGGCAUGACAUGAAAUCUAUAUCGAUAAUUCUCAUCAUGAUAUUUAGGUUAUUUGAUGAUAUGGAUGGCAUUUUUUUUCAGACAUUUUUUUUCUGACUGAACUUUCUAACUUCAUCACCACCAUCA